AUGAGCACCAGCACACGAUCACUGCAAAGUUGGUCUCAGCGACUCGGACGCAGAGGGGAGAAGCUUUCGCCACCGGCAGGUCAGGACCUACUUCUACAACUUCUACAGGAGGUUCCAGACUGUUCGCAGCCGCUGCCGUACAAGGGGGAGGUCGCCGGCGGCAUUCUUGUCACCAUCUGGUUUGUCAUCAUGGCCGUGUUUACUGUGAUGUGGUGGCUCUAUAUUGUUCGAGGAAGGCACAUGGGUAAAUGGCACGCGUUCGAAAGUAUCCUGUUCGGCAAUGUACUUUUGUGUAUCGGCCGCAGCGUCAUCUACGGCUAUGUCAUUUUCGGCGCCUUUUGGGAGCUGAGCCGCCCGUUGUCGACACUCUUCUUCCUCUGGGGCGGGCACAGGAUCGUAUGGAAUGAGGUGGAGCACCGCUUCACCGAGAAGCUGAAGUACUAUUUGUGGCUCGUAGCAAAGGUGUUGAUGCUGGUUAACUUCUUGGUGAUCAUAUUCUACUGGUUGCUGUACAUCGCCUUGGCCUCCGUCUGGGUGCGCUUCGCGAGCCUCGACACCAUCGCCGACAUCGGCACCAGCGUCACAGCCACGCGACAGGACCUCCGCCUCGCCGACGACGCCGCAUUCGGCACGCUAACCUCCUUGUUUCUUGCCUUCAUGUACGCGCUGGCUCGCACAGUGUCCGGGCCUGUCGACCUGGGUAGCGAAGAGGCGGUACAAGUCGAGGCCUGGAUCCGUUUCAGCAUCCUCCGCGACCUGAUGAACCAGACGAAUGAAGGCCGCACGUCGGCCCCGCCAUUCGGCACAUUGCUGAAUGCAGCCGAGAUGCGCCUCACCGUCGAGAGAAGAGACACCGUCACCGUUGCCGCGGGCGUCCACUGCAUCGACCGGUUGCGGCAAGACUACGCCAAGCUGGACCCGAGGAUAAAGGAUGACCUGCGCGCCCGCAGAAACACGCGCCGUGAGCAACUUCAUGACAGCGUCCGCUCGAACGGCACGUGGGAUCCAACAAGCACGAACCGCUCGAACCGUGCCGCCACCCCGGUAGAGACAGCUAGGCAGAGGCUGAAUCGGUUCGCGCCAGAAGCCACGAGGGCAGCAGCAACACCACCCACCCUUUCUGAUACAAUGCCCCCCUCACAGCCCCAACUAGAUUCGCUUGCUGCGGAGCUGUUGGACCAGAUCCUGGUCAAUCUGGACCUGGUUGAUAUCAGCCGCCUGAGCUGCUGCAACAGACGCCUAAACCAUGACCUGGAACAGACACUCUACGGGAACGCGACAAGUCGCAACCGGGCCAUGAAGUGGGCCUGUGAAACUGGCAAUAACAGUGUCGUUCACCGGGCUAUCGCCUACGGAUCCUCUCCCAGCAUCGUCCCUGUUCCCAGGAGACGGACUCAGACGGCCCAAUCGCCCCAGUCAUUAAAUACCCUGACCCUCUACCUUGCUGCCAGGCAUGGCCAGGUCGCCACCUUCCGGCGGCUCAUUCAACUUGGCUCCCGCGUCGACGAGCGUGAGGUUGAUUCGUUGACAGUGCGAGCGCUUGUGGAAAGGCUUUGUCACCCGGUCGAUUUCGAUCUUCUCGAUCCGUUCCUGCAGGCGGGUUUGGCGUCGCAACUCGGCCAGCAGAUGCGCGAUGAAGCCCUGAUCUUUGUCGCCACAUCUGUCGCCCCCAUCGUGCCACUAGACGUCGUACGCAUGCUACUUGACUGUGGAGCGAGCCCCAACUGCGUACGGAGUGGCCGAGCCAAAGACGGCUCUAUCUCACCGCUGUCCGCCGCUCUCAUCACGCGACGGACCGAUCUUUUCCAACUUCUGGUGGCUCGUGGUGCAGAUGUCAAUGGUAUACCCUACCCUCCGCGACCUGCCGCGCUUCCAACUCUGCCAUUGCACAUUCCGGCAUGCACUGCUGCUCUUGCCAUGGCAGAGGAAACCGAGUCCACUGGACUGUUACAGCUAUGUCUAGAUCAGGGCGCGGAUAUCAAUGUACAAGUACCCUUCCUGCAAGAUCGCGGGAGCAGACUGGUCACAUUCACAACCCCGCUGUUGAUGUAUCUGGGCAAGGCGGCGUCUCAAUGGAUCGACACUGAUUCCCAAAACAGCUCUUUGGCCAAGCUUCGGUAUCUCCUGGACAAUGGUGCUAAGGCCACAGUCUCAUCCUAUUCAAUCAAUGAGAUAGAGGUCCUUCGCACAGGGCGGUAUCGCUUUGAGUCUCCUCUUUCACCCGUGCAGCUGCUUAUGAACAGCUUGACUAGCAGCAAUCUUGUCACCCCUUCCCUCCUCUCAGCCGUCAAGCUGUUGACCCAGCAUGGCGGCCUUCAGUCCCGCACCGGAGAAAUACUUGCGAGGUACGACUUUUUUGAAGAGGGAUCAGGCCACGAAAAUGACCCGAUCAUCACAGCUUGGGAGGAAUUAUUGACGACUCUCUUGGCAGACUCCAAUCAGCAUGAAGAUUUGGACACCUUCCUUUUCAAGUAUGUCACUACCAAGGGCAACACCGGGCCAAGGGCUUCUUAUUAUGGGGUGGAGCGAAGGAUCGGGGCCCUGGCUUAUGUCACGAUCAAGCGCUUGAUUGCUGCAGGAGCCGACAUCAACUUCCGGGAAAGUUCCUACGCGCCUACAGCACUUCAGCGAUUGUGUGAAAUGUACAACAAGUGCAGCUUGGGUUACAAUAUACUUGGGGAUUACGUUCUGGGAUACCUUCGCCAGCAGAGGGUGAUCACAAUGGAGUCCUGGAAUCUAGUUCGGUUUCUGGUCGUGGAUUGCGGCGCGAAUCCCAGUUUGAGGUGGCGAGAACGGACAGCAGCAGAGACCUUGCAGAGUGGAUGGGACAAGCUUGGGCCUGAGGAGCAGCAACUCGCCCAAGAGAUGAUAAUUGUUCUACAAGAGGCUCCAAAACAGUAG